UGUAAAGCUGGUCUCCGAGGGAGGUUUGUCAAAAUGAAAGGCUUCCUAGUUGUAGAUCGACUCAAUGACAUCCACUUUAUCGACACUGACAAGGAAUUUGCUCGACACAUCAACACGCAAGCAAAGGAGAAAGGACUUAUACCGGAAGAUCAGCAAGAUGUUCACACAGUGGAUCCCAACAUUGUCAUGCAGCAUUUUUCUCCCUUGUUUAUGUCGCAGUGGUUCCUUAUUGACCAGGCGCAUACGCCUUGUUCUUCCAUCACCUGCGAAAAUGACUUCAUAAUGGUUUUCAAACAUUUUGAUGAAUACUUGUUGGUUGCCAUCAAUGGAGACGGCACAGAGAGUGAAGACUUCCUCACCAGGAAGACCCUGGUCUUCGCCAGGCUGAUGGGCUUUCUCAUGGGACCUGUACAUGAAGAGAUAGGGAGGCCAAGGUUUGAAAGGAAAGCAGAUCGAUGGCACUUCCUUAGAAUCCUCAUGUCAACAUGGACCUACCUGGCCAGGAAUGAACAAUCCUUUUUAGUUGAGGCUGUAGAGAAGCUACAUAUGAACCAGGUUGUCAGUGAACAGUGUGUGGAGAUCCUACAGGCGUGUAUUAACAGAAUGUCUGAGGUUGGCGAGAGUCGUACACAACAUGCCCUGCUCCUCGUGAAUAGCAAACUGCUUUCACUAUACUCAAAUCGAAAUGCCUCUGAGCUGCAGUCAGCAGAUAUCUUGUGUAUAAUUGUCUUGGUGCGGAGCUUGUUCCCAACCCAUGAGAAGUUGGAGGACCUAUUUGCCCAAUCUUACAGACUAGCAGGUGGACAGGGCUUAAGAGAAGAGGCGAAAUCCCCCGCCUCGGUGAAGGUGCGUACAUUUCGCCAUGAGCGGUACGAGAGUGCCGUGGAGGGGUUUACAACGGGGGACGAGACAGACAAUGAACAGUACUACACUGCGUUAGAAGGGAAGUUGAAGGGAGACAGCAGCCCAUCCCUCGACUGGAGCAUGCUGGGAGAUUCUGACUCAGGAGGAACUCAGACGCCCUACCCUGAGGUAUCAGAAAGUUUUGUGACCCCUACCACAUCUCCUGUGGUCCUAAGGAAAGAGGAUGGGACCUUCCCUGUAUUCCCAGGAGAGGCUGCAGCAAGGCUAGAGGCUAUAGAAAGCAAUGUAGCUCUCACAAACCCUGGACCCUCUGCGGUUGGUCACCUUGGUAACUCCAAGCCCCGUAGUCACACUGCUGGUGAGGUUGAAGGUCACAAGGGGCUGAGGGGGUCAAGGUCAGAGGAGGAGCCAAUGGGAAGGGGGCGGAGCAGCAGUUUUGGGGAAAACAAGAGAAAAGGUGGCAACUUCUGCAGUGAAAAGAGUUCAUCAGACACUCGACUUGCCCAAAAAACAGUUGAGCCCGACGACCAGGAAUACCAGGAAUACCCUAUGUCCCUUGUGGAUCAGGACUGCGUGAAGAAGCCAGUGUUUCUUGCCACAGGGAUGAGUAAAUUCUCACCCCACCAGAUACAUUGUAGGAGAAUAUACCCUGGGAUUAUACUUAUAGUUCUCACGGAGUCCAACAAGAUGUCCCAGGCCCCUCGCCUUGUUGACGUCCUCCAGCUCCUUAAGGAUCUCAUGUCUGGAUCACGUGACCAGGUUAGCAGACGCCAAGGACAGGAAUUGUACGAGGCCAUCAACAACCAGCUCACACGCAUGUUCUCUGCACUGAAGAAAGCCCGGGGACCUAUAGAAGGUCUAUGUGCAGAGAUCAAACGGAAAUGGGAGAGUGAAGAGAUCCGCAGCGGGAUGGUUGCCUACCUGGAACAGUCUUCGCGCACAGAUAUGACAGCAAGCCUAGAGAGGAGCCUGAAGGCACUACGCCGCAAGCUGACGGAAUUGUUCCUGUAUCUAUACCUCUCCCCACGACCUCUGACCUCCCCGAUCAGUGACGCCCUAACCUGGUCAGCGGAACUUUUCCGCCAACAGCUAGGAGACUACAAGGACUACCUUGUAGUGAAAGGCCAGAGGAACAUUACGAUGACUUCAUAUAUUGAGGACUUUCCUGGACUGAUCCACUUUAUCUAUGUGAACCGGCGCACCAAUCAGAUGAUGGCUCCAGCAUUAAACAUAACACAGACGGAUGAAAAGUCAUCUCCCGAUGCCACACAAUUACUUAAGGAAAAGAUCUGGAAAAUGGCCAACUGGAUGCAGUGUAAGCUACAUGAAGGCUAUACAUCGGUGUUCGCACGGGAGGGGGAUUAUCACUUCUCCUAUUUCCUCUGGUUUGAAAACCUCAGUGGAGACCCAGAGGUGAUACAGCACUCCUACAGGGCAGACUUCAUGGCCCCACCCCCUGGGAUAUUGACUGGCAACUUCUACAAGUACAUCACACACAAGUGUUUCCCGAAUGGCAUUCCAAGCUUGGUUCACUGUAAUGAGCUGUACAUGAUGCAUGUGGGUCUGGCUAACACCCAGUACAUUUCUGGUCACUGCCGGCAGCUAGCAGCCCGACUGUAUGAAACUUCCGGGGACGUACUUACAACCUCCAGUCUGUUUUCCACUUGAUGUAGGCCUAUGCGGUUGUUUAAUAUCCAACUUUUAUUGUCCAGCAGGCACAGUUGUUUCAGUUAUCUUUCUCACCAGUCCAGUUCUUUAAUUUUUAUGCCCUACAGAACAAUUUCCAAAGACGGAUAAAGAUUUUGUGUUGUCUGUCCAACUUUCCAUCUGUCCAUAGCUAUUUCUACUUCUCUACCAGACAAAAAUCAAUCAUGUGUAUAGCCAUUGUGCUCUGGUGCAUCUGGAUCAUAUCAGUAACACAGUUUGAGUUAUUUCUCUUUAAUUAAUGAAAAAAUACAUUACUAUGCAAUUAAUUGACAGAAGUAAAGGAAACUUGUGUAUACCGAUAGUGUUGUGGUGUAGGCGCAAGUCUUGUCUUGGUCAGGUCAGUAUCACAACAGUUAAUACCCUGUAAGUAAAAGAGCUAAAAUUGGUCCUUCAUGAGCAAUUACUGUAAAAGGCAGAAAUUAAUAAAACUUACAUGAAAUGUGUAUAACUUGAGUGUGCUGGAUUAUGCGCAAUAUUUGUUUGAAUUUGUUCAGUUACACAAGAGUUAUUGCCCUUAAAUGAUGAAAAAAGCUAAACUUUGUCUUAUGGCAGCCAUAUGUAACUAAUUGAGAGAACUUGUCUCAACAAUGAUAGCCAUGUGGAGCAUGUACUUGUGUGAUCAUGAUUGAAUCAGUACAAUCAGAGUUAUUGCCCUUAAAUAAGAUAAUUUAGCUUGAAUAUUAGCUGAAUAUAAUCAUGAAGUGAAUAUCAGUUAAUAAUAAAAAGAAAUGGCGAGCUUACAACAGCAAUGGUACAACAAAGUAUUUUACCCAAUUCGUAUCCAUAGUUACUUUUAUUUGAUCAAGUACCCUGUGUCGAGUUUUGCAUACCUUAAACUCUUAAAAUGGAUCUUUGGAAAUGCAUCAUUCAGAAGGGGAUAUCAAUUCUCAUGAGCAGGGGAUAUCAAUCCUCUUUAGAAGGGGAUAUCAAUUCUCAUCAGUAGGGGAUAUCAAAUCCCUUCAGCAGGGGAUAACAAUUCUCUAUAGUAGGGGAUAUCAAUUUUCAUCAGUAAGGAAUAUCAAAUCUCUUUAGUAAGGGAUAUCAUUUCCCUUCAGCAGGGGAUAUCAAUUCUCUUCAGUAGGGAUAUUACUUCGCAUCACCAGGGGAUAUCAAUUCACAGUAGGGGAUAUCAAUUCUCUUCUGUAGGGGUAUCAGUUCUCUUCAGCAGGGGAUAUUUAUGUUCAUCAAUAGGGGAUAUCAAUUCUCUUCAGCAGGGGAUAUCAAUUAUUUUUAGUAUGGGAUAUCAAGUCUCUUCAGCAGUGGAUAUCAAUUCUCAAAUAUUCUUGUUACUCAUUAUAUUAUUACUCAGAUAAUUCAUAUUUAAUAAAGUGCAAUAUAUUUUUUUUACAAAUACUUUGCUUCAAUAUUUAUGUAUGUAUUAUACAAAAAUAAAUGGUAAAUAGCAUA